AUGAACGGACCAACUGGUGCACGACCGUUGGUGGCGCUGCUGGACGGACGAGAUUGCACCAUCGAGAUGCCUUUGCUUAAAGACGUCGCCACAGUAGCUUUUUGUGACGCGCAAUCCACGCAUGAAAUUCACGAAAAAGUGCUGAAUGAGGCUGUCGCUGCUCUUAUGUAUCACUCUAUCAAACUCGAAAAAGAGGAUUUGGAAAAGUUCAAAGCAUUACGGGUGGUGGUGAAAAUUGGCUACGGUUUUGACAACAUUGAUGUGAAAGCGGCCACAGAAUUGGGAAUCGCCGUAUGCCACACGCCUGGAGAUUGCAUAGAAGAAAUAGCUGAUUUCACCAUGUCUCUAAUACUAAAUCUCUACAGACGAACAUAUUGGUUGGCUAAAGCCGUUAGUGAAGGAAAAAAAGUGGUCGGGGCAGAACACGUCCGGGAGGUCGCCGGUGGAAGUAAACGUAUGCGGGGUGAUAUGCUCGGAAUCAUUGGUAUGGGACGUGUUGGAACAGCCGUCGCUCUGCGGGCUCGUUCAUUCGGAAUGAACAUUGCAUUCUAUGAUCCGUUCGUACCCGACGGAUUCGAAAAAGCCCUCGGCGUUGAAAGAGCUCGAGGAGCUCAUCUGGACUAUGUGACAUACUAUAUGGAAGAAGUGAAAACCACCCAAGUCAUGAAGCAAAUACAACACGAAAAAGACGCUAAUUCGCUUUUUUUUGAAUUUUCUGAACAGCUAAAGUGUUAUGCUCUUGACGACUUACUGCUGAAGAGCGAUGCAAUUUCAUUACACUGUUCACUGACGGACGAAACCCGGCACAUCAUCAAUGAGCAGACACUGAAACAAUGUAGGCCGGGUGUAUUCAUCAUCAAUACCAGCCGAGGAGGUCUUGUUGACGAGGUAUUAUCGUCAACUCUCGAGUGA